UCAGGGACAGAUCACUUAACAAUGGUUCGAGUUACGACUUACGUACAUCAGCCGGUGUAUAAUUACAGCCAUAAAUAUAGAAACUUGGACAAAAUAACGACAGACGUAAAACAAUUUCUGCAGGACUACGACCAAAUCAUCAUUCAUAAGGACCCGUACAGGGGAGUGUUUCACAGUUAUCUGCGAGAGAUUCGUACAAAGGUCAAGCAACUAUUGCUGAAAUUCGAAGCGGCUCCAUAUGAUGACGGUAGUGCAAAAUCGGAUAAGGAGUUGUUUUGCUGUGGGUUGGCGUUCUAUAAUGCAGCAGACCUGAGGAAGCAUUACAAAGCCGUACAUGACGAACCAUUUAUACGAUACACAAAUUCGUUAGAGCGAAAAUCGUCUCUUGCGAAACUACAGCAUAUGCGCCACCGCUUGAAUGAGUACAUCAAUUUCGGAGAAGAGUACACCCUAGACCUGCUCACCAACUUGAAAAGAAUGCUGAAGAAAAUAUCAAAUUCAUUGAAGUUCUAACCUUAUAAAUUUCGGCUAUCAAAAAACCAUUUUAAAUAAUCUUUGGCUGAUAGUUUCGGUAAUAAAGAUGACCAACCAACCAACAUUUAUAAAAACGAUUAUCCGAUGUUCCCCAGUACGAUCAUCAGCGAUUGCCGAUCGUAAUCUUGUAGGCGUCCCUUCCGUUUUGUCUACGUUCUUAAAUUCGCGAGCAACGCAUGUAGGUAUGUGUUGAAAGCCGAAAAUUUCUAAAUUUCGCAUCUUCCGCUACCAACCCGAUUGGCAAGGCAGGAAAUAUCUCGAAGAUCACUAAAAUCGACUGUAUCAUCGAAGAAAAAAAUAAAUAAAAGAAAAUGUUUCCUUCCUACGAUGGAAGACUAGCACCUCACAGUUCGAGACUGACAUCCGUUCGUUCCUAACGCUUUCUAAUAUAAGACUGCAAGCGGCGCAUUAACUUCACAGUAUUUUGGGGCAAUUUUGUUUCCAACACAAAUUUGGAAAAUAGUUUGGUCCAAAAAAUAGGUGUGUUUAAAUA